AUGGUGAUGAAAAUAUAUCCUGGCAAGAUUCUGAAGAUGAAGUGCCGUUGCUGCCCAGUGUUUUCUUUCAGAUCUUUCCUCUUGUUGUUUGGAGGCUGGUUCUACACCGUGACAGUUGCGAACCAAGGUCAGUUAACUUUAACAUUGCUUUGUCUAGGUUUCAUUAAAAUUUACUCCUGAAGUCAGGCGAAUCCGGAAUUGGAGGAAGCUAAGUCGAAUUGCCGAACUAGGCCGAAAAAUAAUGCAUUUUGUGGAUUUUGAAAGCUUAUUCCAUCACAUAAGGUGAUAGGGCUCUGAAUUAAAAGCUAAUGUGACCAUUUCUAAGAAACUUGAACACGACGAAAUAUGAUUUUUUGUUUGCAAGUAUAACUUUUUCAAGUUCAUUAAAAAUAAUUAACCACGAUUUUAGAGGGGGCUAAACAAGUUUAGAAACUUUCAAGACGAGUACCAUGCAACAAACUCAGUCGUCUGUAGAGACUUUUUGGCGAAGUUUCCUAAUUUCUAAUUUCUGAUAAGAAUUUAUUCAGAUUAUUGAGUACUGCCUGCCGGUCUUAUAUCAUAUCGAGAUUUUGUCGAUUACUCGUAUGAUUACAGAGCGAAUUGGACUCCACUCGGUCCUAUUACCACUAUUAAUGGUACCUACAGAAAGUAAAACGGUCCGUUUUUGCGUAAAUUAUAUAUAUUGCAAAAGUUUUUAAUUUAAGUGAUAAUAUUUACACUUACAUAUAGUCCUAGAUAACUGCGUGACCUACGUUUGGUUUUCUAACAUACCUUUCUACGAGAAUUUAUAUCACGCACAUUGGUAGAGUGUCCUGGUUAAGAAAAUUAUGCUUACCAUGUAUUUCGUAGAUACACUUUUGGUAAACAAAGAGAUAUCAAUGCCAUAGGCUAAAAAGUUCUUUGUUUGACCUAGAAAGAGAAAAACUGCUCUAUGACAUUAGGUUCAAGCGAGAAAGUGGAAAAAGAUGGUUGAAUCUCUGUUUCACUCGAACUGAAGAAGCUUGAUGUUAAUAUACCUACACCUAACGCUAACAUUACCUUGAUUAAGACUUAAAGGUAUUAUAAUAGAUGUAAAUUUGACACAAGGUAAGGUUUAACUUAACAUCUCCGCAAGAAGCUUUUAAAUGAGAAAAGCGUUCUUGAAGUUUUAUUUCAUUCCAAACCAUCAUAAAGCUGUUGUUACAUCGUAGGUGAGACUGGAAGCUUAGUGUAAAGCAAACAAUAAAAAAAAACGCUUGUUUGUGACUCUCUUGACUGUACAGGCGAUGAUCGAGCAGGGAAACUAUUUCAAAUUUCCAUAAUCUUCCUUUCCCGUUUUGCGCUUGAAUGAUAAAAAUCCGGCUAAAUCAAGUCUAAAAAUCAAUUUAAAACUAAAAACGAAGGACCAUUGAAUAAAUUAAAGAGACAUAGCAGAAUUGAGUGAGGGAUUACCGUCAUUUAGAUAUUACUCUCUCCUUAAAGUAAAUUUUGAUUUGACACCACGUUCUCGUCGCUAACGAAAGAACACGUCUGGCACAAAAAUAUUCGGGGAAUAAUCUCCCAGUGCUAGGCCUAUUAGAUUAAGGAUUGCUGUAUCUGCAGGAGACACUGGAAACUGAGUGUAGUGCAAUAUACAUAGGACGGGAAGCUAACCAGAAAUUAGGGCUUGGAAUUUUGUUGUGGCUGCAACUGCAGAAGAAACUAAUUCAAAAAUUUCUAAAAUUGCCUACUUUAAGGGGAGAAUCCUUGUCUUUUACACUAAAUUCUCUUUCAAAAAAUCAUGCUUAAUGUUGGAAAAGUGGAUCUGCAAAUGUAAACGAAAGGUGCAUUCCAAUCAACACAAGGGAUUUAACUGAUUUUUUAAGAGCACAACAUGGAUUCUUUUCCAAAGAAGUUGCUUCAUCAUUAAUCCUUUUUCAUCCAUUAAUGGUGUGUUAUAAAUAAACAGCUAAAUGCACAGGUGGAAAGCAACAAAAUUUUCCAAGAAUUCCAAGGCUGUGAAAUAUUAUGUUUAUGUGUUGUCAAACUGACGUAUGCACAGGUUAAGUCAAUAUUUUGACAUUCCGACGCAAAUGAAUGCCUUAGUGUUUCGUUCUUUACAAAGUUUCACUUUGAUCUGUUUUGAUCGUGAUAAAAAUUCUCAGGUCACAAUCUCCUCGGUAACUGAUCGCAGUGAUUUGGUAAAUUCAAGUUAUAGGUUUUUCAACAAGCGGGGCUCGAAAACUCAUCGAAACUCACCUGGCCGCCAUGGGCUAGGAGAGUCAAGUCGAGUCGAUUUUCAUCUCCUGGGUGGAGGGAAUAAUGGCUGAACAAUGAGAGGGCGUGUAUGUCACAUGACUAUGUUUAUAGUCCGCAAAAUAUCUUGUUUCUUAUGAGUGAAAAAAGCGUAAAUAAGUUAUGAAGGAAAAAUGAAAUUUUCAUACAGCAUUGUUUAAAAUCCAAAGCUUUUCCAAAACAUGUAGAAAUAAUAAAUUUCAUUUCUAAAACACUCCGAAUAAAAGCUGUUUUUUUUUCGUCUCAAUUAUUGUAUAAAUGUGAUCUAUUUAAAGGAAACGCUAGAAUUAGAACUGUACCUUACUUACUUUGAGAAAUACUUCGAGAAGUGAAUUUAUACCUUUUCGAAAUAAUAUUAUUGUACAGACUUACUCGUACCUUUGAUUCCUUCAGUCUCUCUCUCCCUCAGAGAUAAUUUGUAAAAAUAAAGCCGUAUGAUAUGAAAUUUUAUCACAGUUAUAGAUCUUAAUUUUGUUCCAACUUUGCGAGAUAAGUAGCUCGUAGGAUGAAAUGUCAGCCAAAAGCCUUGAUUACUGAUUUUUACCAACUGUGCGAGAGGGCUGUACUGGGGAAUAUUGGCCUAAGGUCACAGCGAUCCGUAGAGAAACAUCCGAGGACCAAUAAUCCCCAGGACGGCUCGAGCAAGUAAGGUAGGUAAGUAGACCGAACAUUUCUUGAGUUUGCCCUGUUUCGUAUCCAAAAAUGUACGGCUCAUGGAUGUGUCAGAGUGCUCAGAUUUACCUCACGGCUAUCUUCCCAUGUAAUGAAAGUAUCAUUGCUCGAUAACCAUAAAUUGAUAAAACUGUUCUCGGCAAUAUUUGAGCUGGCGCCUUCUCUUUUAAGACGAUGGCUCAUUUGCGCAACGACUAACCUGCAAUUAGACCAUCACUGAUUUAACAUUGAACAGAAAUUUGGAAAAUUGACUAAAUUCCUAGCAGACGUAGGACUUAUUCCAGCUGCUCAAGCACCAAUAAAAGGAAAAAACAUAUCUGGGGAACACGAAUUUGUUUUACUAUUUGGCGCAAAAAAAAAAAAAAAAAACGUCCAACAUGCUUGUCACCAUAUCUCUAACCAAUUAGUUGCAGGUACUCAGUAUCGAAGUCUUAUGUUUGACAAGCCAAUUGGAGGAUAUGCUCUGCAACAGCACGUUUUCAAACAAAUAUAUUUGUCCAUGGGAAUUGAGCCCCAUAGCGACUGCAAAAAUAGGUGCCUCAUGGAAAACACCUGUGUGUCCGUCAACGUUGGCCCACACAGCAAGAAAAGACUACGGGUCUGUCAACUGAGUGAUUCUGAUCACAUUCAACAUCCUGUUGACCUUAAACCCCAAGAAGGAUACCAGUAUUGGGCUACAAAGGUGCGGAUAUUUGGAUAGAACACAAUAAAAUAGAUUUAUUUUCCAAUUCUCUUUGGUAUGGCUAUGCUGGGUUUUUAUGAAGAGAAAUCCCACUAAAGAUAACUUUAUCCCUGCAGAAUCCAUGUUCAAGCAGCCCUUGUCUUCAUAAUGCAACCUGUCUAAAUGGGUUUACAGUUAAGAGAUACAUUUGCUUGUGUCAAGUUGGUUUCAAGGGAAAAGAUUGUGGAAAAAAAGGUGACCAG